CCUGGGCCCGGAGCCGAGUAGAGCCGAGCGGGGCCGAGUGUCGUGGCCGAGCCCGGAGCCGGAGCCGGAACAGGAGCGGUCCCACAGUGAUCCAGCAGCGGGAGCGGCCUGCGAUGGUGGACAGGGCGCGGGAAUUCAAGCAAAGGGUAUUAAAGAAGUUAUAUUGUUCAUCACUUGAAGAAAAGAUAAAAGAAUCGAGGGCAGAGCAGGAACAGAGAGAAGCGGAAAGAAAAACUAAUAAUGACGCAAUAGGUGCUGCACAAAUUGUUCCUGAAGGCAGAAAAGUCUAUACCGUGAGCUUGCCCUCUGGAUAUGAAGUGUGUGCCACAAGACCCAGUGAAACGGAUGAAUCUGAAGAGUCAAGUGAACAAUCAGAAGGAAGACAUUCUACAAAAAACUUCCAGAGAAAGCGCAAGCGGCAGAGGAAAUGCAAGAGCUCAGUGCACGAGGGCCUGAGUGAAAAGGCACAAACCGAAUUCCAGCAGCCGCGGAGGGUACAAACUGACAGUCUUCAAGCAGUGACAUUGGAUUCUGCAAAGCCUGAAGCUGAAAUAUUAACGAAAAACAGGAGAAGAAAACUAAAGAAGAAACGGCAUAAAGAGAAGCUGAGGGCUGCUGGACUGGUGACCAAAGCCACAGCUGUUGAAUUAAUUUAUCAACCAGAUGAGAACAGUAAUGAUGAUAUUGCUGAAGGUGGGAAUAUAGUUGGAGUCAUGGACUCAAAUGAAACCUAGGAAUUGUGCCUCGCUGUUUACCAGCAUUAAUUUACUUUCCCUACACCCCCACCAAAUCAGAGGGCAAGGCAUACAGUGAUUCCAGAAUUGAAAAGUUUCAUUUGUUACCAUUUUGGUCAGAAAGUUUGGGGAAAAAGUAACUUUUUAAAAAGUAGAUAAAUUUAUACUAUUUAAUGGAGAACCUUUUAAUGACUUUCACAUCCUGCCUUCUAGCUUAAGCUGACGACUAUUUUGCCACAUUUACUGUCUUUCAUAGAAACAUAGAAAAUAGAUGCAGGAGUAGGCCAUUUAGCCCUUCGAGACUGUACAACUGGGGAUGAUCAGCCAUGAUCA